AUGUCUAGAUCUGUGGAAUCUCUUGUAGUCGUUCGGGUGAUUGGAGAAGUUCUCAACUUCUUUAGCCCAUGUGUGAAUAUGGUAGUGACCUACAACUCAAACAAGCUUGUCUUCAAUGGCCAUGAGAUUUACCCAUCAGCAGUUGUAUCUAAACCAAGAGUAGAGGUUCAAGGGGGCGACUUGCGGUCUUUCUUCACAUUGGUUAUGACAGACCCCGACGUCCCAGGACCAAGUGAUCCAUAUCUAAGGGAGCACCUUCACUGGAUCGUGACUGAUAUACCUGGGACAACAGAUGCCUCAUUCGGGCGAGAAGUCAUAAGCUAUGAGAGCCCAAGACCUAGCAUUGGUAUCCACAGGUUCAUUUUUGUUCUCUUCAAGCAGAAGCGCAGGCAAACUGUAGCUGUGCCAUCCUCCAGGGACCAUUUCAUCACACGACAGUUCGCUGAGGAAAAUGAUCUUGGCCUCCCUGUAGCUGCUGUCUACUUCAACGCUCAGAGAGAAACUGCUGCUAGGAGGCGCUGA